AUGAACGGCAGUCACCCCAAUCCCGAGAGUCUCAAGAGCUACGUGUCUAUGGCGUACUUGCACCCGCUAACCCAAGAUCCCAAGAUGCAGACCGUCGAUGGCACGGGUUUCGCAGACACAUGGCCCCGAUUUGGUGCCACCCCAGCCAUGAGAAGGCCGCCGGGGUCAAGGAUUCUCAAACUUGUUCAUCCUCUGUCAUUGGACCGUGUCAUGACCGCUAGUCGUCAAUACUUCUCCCGUAUCCCCGACGUUCCGGUGAUAUGGGGUAAUGACUCCCUCAACCUGCCCGCGCAAGGCAUUAUCGAGCUUGACGAGGAGGCCAAAGAGGAGCUGACGGUACACGACCUCCCCAGCUUCUCAGAGGCGCUCAAUGCAUCCGUCCUUUCUACCCUCGAAGAGUGCAUGCGGAAGUUGGCCGACAAUGAGGCACAGUGGGAGACCGCGACCUUCAGGAAUAUCUCUCACAUGCGGCCGGUUCCUGGCGCCUUCUGGGAUACGUAUGCGCUCCCGAAGCCAUCAACCCAGCCUGGCGAGACGGAAGCAGGGAUCGCUCUAGUAUUGCUAGCCUUGCCACCGGGCCUGGCAGGUAAGGGUGAUUUGAUAGACUUCUGCGAGGCGCGAAUGAUUCCCACUGGGAGGCUCGACCAAGAUCGUGAAGGACCCCUCCAUGACCCACGUAGAUGGGCUGUUUAUGAGACUAUUUGGGCCGCGCUAUACGACGCGUGUGCGGCUACACGGUGCCAUUUCUUUGCCGUCACCAAUUACGACUACUGGGCCCUGGGUGUCUUCAGCGAAACGAAAAUGAUGGUCCAGACAUUCGAUCUGAUCCCUAGGCCCGGUGUUCAAGAUACGAGGCAUUUGGACCAUCCUGGGCUGGCCGACUUCAACAGCCGCGUGACCCUUUUCCAGAUGCUACUCUGGUGGUGCUUGGUAGCUCGUGGCCAGGCUAAUCAGUGGCCUCUCCCUCGGGAGGAUUCAGUUGACCCGCUGCUCUUCUGCGAUGAAUUUAUCGGCUCGACUGGACCCCAGGUGAGGGGCUGGGCGCCCGACGGAACUCCUGCCAUGUACCGCUAG